CUAGACCUCUCUACGUACGUAACCGGAUCGUGAGCUGUCUAAAAAGUAACAACCAGCCAACAUAAUACUUACGUACUUCAGGUUUCCCAUGGUUAGUCUCAUCAAGUAAAAAGUGGUUUGAUGAUCUUCUUUGAGGCUUGGUAUCCUGCCAAGAGUUCUGUUAAUGCAUCACCGUCCAUCAAAGUGGAAUGGCUUCAAUAUGGAGAGCAUAUCUAGGACUGCUUCAUCAGUAUCCCUUUCGUACACAAGCAGUAACAUCAGGUGUGCUAUUCUUCGCUUCAGACUGCAUCUCUCAGCAAGCGGUAGAGAGGAAAGGAUGGAAGAAUCAUGAUAAAUUAAGGACUCUCAGACAAAGUGCAUUUGGGUUUUGCUUUGCUGGUCCAUCUUUAUUUGCAUGGUACAAGCUCCUCAAUAGAAUCUACCCUGGCUCUGGUAAGCUGACCCCUCUAUGGAAGAUGCUUACAGAUCAAACUGUGUUUCCGCCUGUCUUUCUCACUGUGUAUUUCUCAACUGUUGCCUUGACAACAGGGAAGAAAGUGGAUGAGGUCCCAGCCAUUUUGAUAAGGGAUAUACCUAGUACCUAUGCCAGAGGGCUAAUGAUCUGGCCGGCUGUACAACUCGUCAAUUUCUACUAUGUGCCUCUUUUACACAGAGUACUGGUUGUCAAUAUAGUUUCUAUGAUGUGGAACACCUAUUUAAGCUGGAAAGCAAACGCUGCACCGAGUAGUAUAAUGACAUCCACCUCCAACUAGAUAGACCUAUGUACCUGCACAAAUUUCACUUAUAUUCAAAUGAACAGAUGUACUACCAGUAUGUGCCCAUGUGAUUCCAAUAUUUAUUGAGGUAGUUUUUUGGAUGGCCAUAGCUCAAAGGAAAACUCCACCUUGAUCAUGAUCCAACAUGUUAUUCACAAGCCCAAAUUGCCAGUUGGUCUAUUGUUUUUAUGCCUCCGUUACGAAGUAGCCGGAGGCAUUAUGUUUUCGGGUUGUCCG